UUAGCUGUGAUGUGAUAGUUCAGCUCUUAUCAAUCAUCAUAAGCAUAUUUUCCAAAAUAUUGAAAGCUGGAAAUUUUGGGAUGGAGAACUAAUUUAUAACGUCGUGAUUUUGUAUUCUCCUUCUCCAUUCAAACGUUUCACCAAGAUGAAUUCUAUUGCCGGAAACAUCAUUCGUUCUGCGUUCAACAAUGCAUUGAAAUAUGCUUCACCCAGAAAUAUGUCACCCUAUUGCACUGCUACCGGCAACCUCGUCGAAAGACCCACGUCUGAUGAACCAGAUAAACUAUACAAAACUAUCGAGGUUGAAAUGAGAGCAUAUGAAAAAGCUACUUUGAAAAGCUACUCUGAAUUUCUUAAAAUGGCUGCAGAUAAUUUAGAUAUUACGAUAGGAAAAUGUUUUACACCGCUUAAACCGUUUAAAGAUUACAGAGGAUUAACUAUUCUGCGGUCUCGUUUCGUUCAUAAAAAGCACAGAACUCAAUACGAAGUCAGAACUUAUUUCAGAUUUAUGAAUUUCCAUCACUUGACCGGUUCAACAGCUGAUACUUUUUUGGAAUACAUCGAAAGGAAUCUUCCGGAAGGAGUUGCGUUGAAAGUCACCAAGGUUGCUUUGGAAAAAUUACCACCUGAAGUGCUUACUCCUCCUGUCUUCGAACAAGAUCCUACGGAAUCUACAGAGCCAGAAACAAACGAAGAGCAAGAAGUUCAAAAACAGUAAUCUAAAGCAAUAUCAUGUUAGAAACGGAAGAUUUAGAAUUUAUAAGCUGGGAUUUUUUGGAUGCGCUUGUGAUACGAUCGUAUUUCGUUAAUUUGUGAAGUACCUAAUUGAGUAAUUAUUGAUUUACUUGAUACGUUGUUGUUUCAAUAUAAAUUAUAUUUUCCUAAAGUAA